AAGCUCUAGUGUUCCACACUUCAUUCCCAGCCCCUCUCUCUCUCUCUCCCUUUCUCUACUUUCUCUCUCUCUCUCUCUCUCUCAUUGUGAAGCUCCAAAUCAAAAGCCAGCCAGCCAUAGAUCAAUUCAUACAUUUCUACAUGUACAAUCCACAUGUGUAUGUGUAAAGCAUUGGAAAUUGAGGAUUUAUAAUGGAGUCAUGAUGUUCACUCCUCACCAUCAACCACCUUUCCUUCAAUCCAACUCCACUCAAGGAUCCCCCAAACAAAAUUCAUUCAUACCCCAGUUUCCAGUUUCCUGUUUCCUGCUCCUGUAAUCUACUAAUCCACCAACCCAUUUCCAUACCCACCUAUUAUUAUUAUUCAUUACAGAUUUCCUGCUCUUUCUUUCGUCUUUUUUUCCGGUAAAAUAUGACCGAGAUACUGCAAUCUCCAUCCCCUUUGCCUUCAUCCCCAAGCUCCAUAACCAGAGAAAAUGAUGGCCCUGACGCCCUUUUUAACAGCCCCACUACAUACUCUGUAGCUUUAUACAGGGGAGAGGGAGAUACAGGAGGAGGAGGUGGUAGAGAGAGAAAGAGGAGAGAGAGAGAGGAGGGCGACCAGCUUUCCCUGGUGGCUGUUGUGGCGACUGUGCUGAGAAAAUCCUUGGUUGGGUGCAGGAGCAGUGGGAGAGUUGAAGAUUUCUCAUCAAUGGAAAUUGGGGUGCCUACUGAUGUCAGGCAUGUGGCCCAUGUCACAUUUGACCGCUUCAAUGGCUUCCUUGGCCUUCCUGUUGAGUUUGAGCCUGAGGUUCCCAGGCGGCCUCCCAGUGCCAGUACAAGUGUGUUCGGAGUUUCAACAGAGUCGAUGCAGCUGUCCUUCGACUCCAGAGGCAACAGUGUGCCGACCAUACUUCUGAUGAUGCAAAGACGCUUGUACGCACAGGGAGGCCUGCAGGCAGAGGGAAUCUUCAGAAUAAACGCCGAGAACAGCCAAGAGGAGUAUGUUAGGGAACAGCUGAACCAUGGAAUCGUGCCAGAUAACAUGGAUAUGCACUGCUUAGCAGGUCUUAUUAAGGCUUGGUUUCGAGAACUCCCAAAUGGUCUGUUGGAUUCUCUGUCACCAGAGGAUGUAAUGCAAGCCCAGUCGGAGCAGGAAUGUGCCCGGCUUGUGAGACAACUUCCACCAACAGAAGCUUCUCUGCUGGACUGGGCGAUAAACCUAAUGGCCGAUGUAGCUCAGCUGGAAAGUGCAAACAAGAUGAACUCACGCAACGUUGCUAUGGUGUUUGCCCCAAACAUGACUCAAAUGGCAGAUCCUUUGACGGCAUUGAUGUACGCAGUCCAAGUAAUGAAUUUUCUGAGGACUCUUAUUGACAAGACAUUGAGAGAAAGGGAAGAGACUGUAGUUGAUCAAGCUCCUCCAUCCCAAGUCGAGCCUUCUGACGAGAACGGACACCACAGCUCCCAACAGCCGUUGUUUGAGGAGGUCGAUGAGGUGACUGACAACGAAGAACGCGUCUUCUUAGCUGAAGAACCGUCAGCAGAAACCCCGGCUCACCAUACUAGCAACGACUCAAACCCCGAAAAUGAUCAUGGUUUCCUAACCUCGAUCGAAAACAUUUUUCCCGGGGGGAAGGUGCAUUUGACUGAUAGCUGCCCCAGGGAGGUUAAGGAUGCAGCAGCCGAAGAGGGUGGCUGUGGGUAUGGCUCUAGCUCUGCACAGAAUACUCGAAAGAAGAAAACUGGCCAAUCCAGCAGUCGCAAUCUCAAGAAAACAUCAAAAAAAGGAAACGACCGGGCAACAUCGACAGAGAAGAACCGGGGGACGACCAUCAUUAGCCGGCUAAAUUCAAGAACAACUGAUAGGAUCGAAGCUUGGAGAUGAACGUAUUGCCUGUAGAAUUGAUGUUUUGUUUUUAAGGAGAUGAAUUUGAGUGCAGACUGGGGGGGAGGAGUCAGAGGCUUUCUUUCUAAAUUGGAGAUAGUGUGAAUCAUUUUUUUUUUUUUUGUCAUUUCUUUGGGUUUAUGUAUCUUUCCUUGUGAGUCAAUUGAAGUUUGUAACUGCUUACUUGAUUGGUUUGAUCUUUAACAGAA